UUUUUUACUUCUAUUGUUUAUUUUAUUUCGCACAGUGAAAGUUUUUCAAUUUUUUUGAUUAAAUAGGUUUUAUUUGACACUUUUUAACUCAUUACAAGUUCUAAUGUUCGACUAUGAUUUGACAAGUGGCUCAUAAUACAAUUAACCUCUAAACUCAUCAAAACAAAGCAAGAAUGCUGUCAAAACGCUUGGUUGCAGCUGUUCCACAGCUUGCAAAACGCAAUUUUGGAGUUGCUGCUCCAGCCCUGAAACAAGCCACUGACCCUAUUCAACAACUUUUCCUCGACAAAAUCAGGGAGUUUAAAAACAAAGGUGGCAAAGCUGAAUUGACCCCUGAACUUGCUCAAAUGAGGAAGCAAGAACUUGAAAAAGUUGCCAAACAAUUUGGCGGUGGUGAUGGUGCUGACAUGACCGCUUUCCCCAAGUUCAACUUCCCAGAACCCAAAGUUGAAGUUAAUCCCGUCAACAAUUAAGUAUCUUUAUUAAGUGUAAAGUUCACAAAAAAUUUAGAAUAAAAGUUAUUAAUUGUUAAGGGUAA